AAGCACAACCACCAUUCCAGUGCCGGCUGCUGCAUCUCUUCAGGGCUAACCGGGUGCUAGCUGCUCAGAGGGAGGGACUGUGUGUGUGUGUGUGUGUGUGUGUGUGUCGCAGACUAGCAGGCACGGCUGCUGCUGUACUCCUGUUUCACUGCUGGUUUUAACCUUGCAGCGGCACCGCGCGCAGCUCAGGCCUCACUCGUCCUCCACCACAGGAUAAGGAGGGAUCAGCGUGGGGGAGCGCACACAGCGGCCAGCCUUUCCCUGCUCCUCUACUGUCUGAACACCUCGUAGUGGUGGACGUGCAGGCAGGAUGAUAGCGGCUCAGCUUCUGGCCUACUACUUCACCGAGCUGAAGGAUGACCAACUCAAGAAGAUCGAUAAGUACCUGUACUCCAUGCGCUUCUCGGAUGAGACGCUCAGGGACAUCAUGAACCGCUUCCGCAGGGAGAUGGAGAACGGGCUGAACCGUGACACCAACCCCACUGCCACCGUCAAGAUGCUGCCCACCUUCGUCAGGUCCAUCCCCGACGGCUCAGAAAAAGGAGACUUCAUAGCUCUGGACCUUGGAGGCUCCAAUUUUCGGAUCCUGCGUGUCAAGGUCACACAGGACAAGAAGCAGCCGGUCCAGAUGGAGAGUCAGGUCUAUGAGACCCCUGAUGACAUCAUCCAUGGGAGUGGGACGCAGCUCUUCGACCAUGUUGCCGACUGCCUGGGUGAUUUCAUGGACAAGCAGAAAAUCAAGGACAAAAAGCUCCCGGUGGGAUUCACGUUCUCCUUCCCCUGCGCCCAGUCCAAGCUGGACGAGGCCGUCUUAGUGACUUGGACAAAGAAGUUCAAAGCCAGCGGUGUUGAAGGCAUGGACGUGGUGAAGCUUCUGAACAGGGCCAUCAAAAAGCGCGGGGACUACGAGGCCGACAUCAUGGCGGUGGUGAAUGACACCGUUGGCACCAUGAUGACCUGCGGCUUCGACGAUCAGCGCUGUGAAGUGGGCAUCAUCAUAGGGACGGGAACCAACGCCUGCUACAUGGAGGAGCUGCGUCACAUCGACCUGGUGGAAGGAGACGAGGGCCGAAUGUGCAUCAACACCGAGUGGGGCGCCUUUGGAGACGACGGAUCCCUGGAAGACAUCCGCACAGAGUUUGAUCGGGAGAUUGACAGAGGUUCCCUCAAUCCAGGAAAACAGCUGUUUGAGAAAAUGGCCAGUGGGAUGUACAUGGGCGAGCUGGUCCGACUCAUCCUGGUGAAGAUGGCCAAGGAGGGCCUGCUGUUCGAGGGACGCAUAACCCCCGAGCUCCUGACCCGAGGAAAGAUCGAGACCAAACAUGUGUCUGCCAUCGAGAAGACAAAGGAGGGACUGAAGAAAUGCAUGGAAAUCCUGACGCGGCUCGGAGUCGAGCCUUCGGAUGAGGACUGUCUGGCCGUGCGCCACGUGUGCACCAUCGUCUCCUUCCGCUCAGCAAAUCUCAUGGCUGCGACCCUGGGAGCCAUCCUGUGCCGCCUGAAGGACAACAAAGGCGUAGCGCGGCUCCGCACCACCGUGGGCAUCGAUGGCUCCCUCUACAAGAUGCACCCUCAAUACGCCCGGCGCCUGCACAAGACGGUGCGCCGCCUGGUUCCGGACUCAGACGUCCGCUUCCUGCUGUCGGAGAGUGGGAGUGCGAAAGGCGCAGCCAUGGUGACGGCGGUGGCCUAUCGACUGACCGACCAGGCGCGCCAGAUCCAGGAGACGCUGGCAGAGUUCCGGCUGAGCAAGUCCCAGCUGCUGGAGGUGAAGAAGCGCAUGAAGGUGGAGAUCGAGCGAGGCCUCAAGAAAGACAGCCACAAGGAGGCCACAGUCAAGAUGCUGCCCACCUUCGUGCGCAGCACCCCAGAUGGAAGCGAGAACGGAGACUUUCUGGCUCUGGACCUUGGAGGAACCAACUUCCGUGUGCUGCUGGUAAAGAUUCGCAGCGGCAAGAGGCGCUCGGUGGAGAUGCAUAACAAAAUCUACGCAAUCCCCAUAGAGGUGAUGCAGGGCACCGGGGAGGAGCUCUUCGACCACAUCGUCCACUGCAUCUCUGACUUCCUGGACUACAUGGGCAUGAAAAGCGCCCGCCUGCCUCUUGGCUUCACCUUCUCCUUCCCCUGUCAUCAGACAAGCCUGGACGCGGGAAUCCUGGUGACCUGGACUAAAGGCUUCAAGGCGACAGACUGCGAGGGCGAAGAUGUGGUGGAGCUUCUUCGGGAAGCGAUUAAGAGGAAAGAGGAGUUCGAGCUGGAUGUAGUUGCCAUCGUGAACGACACCGUUGGGACAAUGAUGACCUGUGCGUAUGAAGAACCCUCGUGUGAGGUUGGACUGAUUGCAGGGACAGGAAGCAACGCCUGCUACAUGGAGGAAAUGAGAAACAUCGAGACGGUGGAGGGAAACGAGGGCCGCAUGUGUGUCAACAUGGAGUGGGGCGCCUUCGGAGACAACGGCUGCCUGGACGACAUCAGGACCAAGUACGACCAGGCCGUGGACGAGAACUCGCUCAACGAAGGCAAACAGAGAUAUGAGAAGAUGUGCAGCGGCAUGUACCUGGGGGAGAUCGUCAGGCAGAUUCUCAUCGACCUCACUAAGCGCGGCUUCCUCUUCCGCGGACAAAUCUCAGAGACGCUAAAGACUAGGGGCAUCUUUGAGACUAAGUUCCUGUCGCAGAUCGAGAGCGAUCGCCUGGCGCUGCUGCAGGUCAGGGCCAUCCUGCAGCAGCUGGGGCUGGACAGCACCUGUGACGACAGCAUCAUCGUCAAGGAGGUGUGCGGCACCGUGUCGCGCCGCGCCGCCCAGAUCUGCGGCGCCGGAAUGGCUGCGGUGGUGGACAAGAUCCGUGAGAACAGGGGCCUGGAGCACCUGGACGUGACCGUGGGCGUGGACGGCACCCUCUACAAGCUGCACCCACACUUCAAUAGGAUCUUCCACCAGACUGUGAAGGAACUGGCCCCCAAGUGUGACGUCACCUUCCUCUUGUCGGAGGACGGCAGCGGUAAGGGGGCGGCCCUCAUCACUGCUGUGGGCUGCCGUCAGAGGGAGCUGGACGCACAGCAGCACUGAGGAGCUUCACCACAUUUGUCCUCCAGAACUACCUGCUGCUCAGUCGUGACCUUCACCCGUCGAACAGCCCGACUCCAUUCCCCCUUGGCAGCCGUGACUCCACCUAGGCCCAGCGCCCCAUAGUCAGAGACAUGCCGCAUGCAUAUGGAAUAAAACAAUACAAAUAUGUAUUUAUACUACAACACAAGGUUUAUUAUUUCCAAGUUUGUACAUUUUGCUCAGUAGUUUGUCAACAACCUGAUAAAUAUUAACUCCUUAGGUGCAAUAUUUGUGAACUGCUAAUUUUAUUUUUAUAUGGAGGCAAAUAUAUAAUUGUAUUUAUAUAGCCAAUGCCACUCGGGAUCCCAGAGGUCAUUAGGAUUUUGCACCAUAGACACAAGAAAAUGUCUGCACUUUUUAUACGAGCGUUACCACAGCAGCAUUACAAUGUAACAUCCAAACGAAGGACAUCUUUCUCGUUGAAUGAUGAAACUCCAUUUUACAAGCUCCACCGGUUCACAGAUCUGCUCCAAAAGGGCUCGAUGCAAAGGGUUGAAUGAGAGAGUCACGGCUGUUAAAACCAUUGGCGUUUCAUGUGCAACACGCUCAGAGUGCUAGGCUACUAACCCCCUUUUGUGUAAUUGUCAUUGUAAUUUUCAUAUUCAAGAAUUGCAGCAUCACCAAUUAUUCCCCAAGAGCUGAGAUGGUAGGAAAAAGGCCCCACUGGGAGAAUUUACGUAUCCUGUGUAUUUGUGAACUACAACUUCUUUUAGUGUUGUGAUGAAUCCUAGAUUUACUCAUUAUAUGUGCAAAGAAUAAAUGUUUAUUGGGCCCAAGAAAAGUGUGGGUAAUACGAGCUUGUGUGUGUAUUUGUGGCCGAGUGUCAGUGAGUCCUACUGUACAGUAACUGUAGCUUUAAAUGUCCAGCGCUGUGUGGAGACUGCAUGCCUUACAUUAAGACAAAUGAGAGCACUGGAUCAUUUCCUUUUUUUUGUUACACCAACAUAGAGUUGUAAUCGACACAGUGAAAAGUGAAUUCAUUAAAUUAUAUUUUGUUGUGGAGUAGAA